AUGCGUUUCGAAAUCGUCAGUCUCCUCGCCUUCACUGUUGGUGGAAGUGUGGCCUCCUUUAUUCAACUCCCCUCUACCUACUGCGUCCGGAUGAUCCCUGAGGUCAUUAAUGCGCUCAACUCGGACAGAAUUUUUGAACACGCAAAGAACAAAGUAUGUAGCACCGAGUGCAACCUCAAGAUGUCCGACUACGAGAGCAAAGCGCGUGUCAUGGGCAUGGGGGUCAUCAAGAAGGAGUGCGAUGAGAUGGGCGCUCCUGAGCUAAGCGAGGAGUACAUCAAACUGCUCGACUCCAUCUACAGCACGGCGUUGGAAAAAUGUGAAGUUAAGCAGCUUGGCGACACCAACAUUUGUGACGUGGACGAUGCACAGGGAAGGAAGAUUGGGCAGUGUGUGAAGAACAGCAUACUGGGCAUUAUGUUCGACCAGCCUAAAGCAUUCUGGUCGGUCCUCACAACAAAGUGUGAGGAGCAGUACCGGUUCUUUUCGAAUAAAGAUUUGUGGGAGACAAAGUUCCCCCAGUACCUGGAGGAGUUUGCUACAAAACAAUGCUAA